AUGAAAAUAAUUACAACUAUCAUUUUAUCAACAUUAUUAAUAUUGGUUGGCAAUUGUACAACAACAACAACACAGUAUUAUGCCAGUUUUACACCUUUUAGUGGUGUAAAUUGUACAGGGUCUAUAUCUGGACAAGGGUCAAGUUAUCUCUUGAAUACUUGUCUACCAUACGGUGAUAAAUAUUCUAUCAAAUAUGUUCCAAACAAUGAUAACACUGCAUUUACACCAAUCUAUUAUCUCUACAACGCCGAUUGUUCCAGAUUCCCAACAAAGGAUACAACACUCAAUAUUGGACAAUGUUAUAGCAAUGAAAUCAAUGACCCAGACAAUGGAUUAUUCUAUUCGUCUGCCUCUAUCCAAUCUGAACCUCUUGCACCUCCCUCAUCGGGACAACCAUCACUAUACAGUCGGUUCUUUGACAAGUCAGACCAAAGUUGUUCAGAGACUAUGUUGUGGUCCCAAUUCUACACCAACAAUACAGCCUAUGAUGUCAAUUUCACUCAAAGAGAAACCUUUUACUGUGAUCCAAUUACCAAUAAUCCAAUGCAACAAAUAUGUAAUUUAGGUGGUAACAAGGAAUGUACAACCAAUGACCUUUCAUCAAAAUGUCAAUAUGACAAUACCUAUUUAGCAAAUAGUAUUUAUACUUGUGUUGAUGGUACUACUAGUGAUGAUAUUAUCAAAGUUAGACAUAUUAAAUAA